ACCUGCGCGAGGUGACGUCACGACACCUUCAGGAAAGGGAAGCGGCUCGAGUCCGUGUGAGCUCCUCGGGCCCAUUCACGUCCUUUUAAAGAUAUAUAUUUUUACAGUUUGUCCUAUGGCGACGCCGCAGUGACACACGACACGAGCGACCACUCGAGCUGAAGUUGGAGCGGAGUUAGUGAGUGUGUGUGCGCGGACAAACACGAUGUCCGCCUCGGCGAUAUUCGUGCUGGAUCUGAAGGGGAAGGUGUUGAUUUGUCGAAACUACAAGGGCGAUGUGGACAUGGCGGAGAUCGACCACUUCAUGCCUCUGCUCAUGCAACAUGAAGAGGAGGGGCUGGUCUGUCCUGUAAUGUCGCACGGCAAGGUUCACUUCAUGUGGAUCAAACACAGCAACUUGUACCUGGUGGCCACCACGAACAAGAACUCCAACGCCUCCCUAGUGUACUCAUUUCUCUACAAACUAGUCGAGGUGUUCACAGAGUAUUUCAAAGAGCUGGAGGAGGAGAGCAUCCAGGAUAAUUUUGUGGUCGUCUAUGAGCUACUGGAUGAGCUGAUGGAUUUUGGAUUCCCCCAGACCACCGACAGCAAAAUCCUACAGGAAUACAUCACUCAGGAAGGGACCAAGCUCGAGGUGGCAAAGUCCAAGGUGCCAACCACCGUCACCAACGCUGUCUCCUGGAGGUCAGAGGGGAUCAAAUACAAGAAGAACGAAGUCUUUAUUGAUGUCAUCGAAUCCAUCAACGUGCUGGUGAAUGCAAAUGGCAGUGUGAUGAGCAGUGACAUUGUGGGCAGCAUCAAGCUGAAGACCAUGCUGUCUGGGAUGCCUGAGCUGCGCCUGGGCCUCAACGAUCGAGUGCUCUUUGCCCUCACUGGACGUGACAAGGGGAAGACAGUGGUGAUGGAAGAUGUUAAAUUCCACCAGUGUGUCCGUCUCUCACGUUUUGACAGUGAUCGCACCAUCUCCUUCAUCCCUCCAGACGGGGAGUCUGAACUCAUGUCCUACCGCAUCAAUACUCAUGUGAAGCCUCUGAUAUGGAUCGAAUCAGUCAUCGAGAAAUUCUCUCACAGUAGAGUGGAAAUCAUGGUGAAGGCAAAGGGUCAAUUUAAAAAACAGUCUGUGGCAAAUAAUGUGGAGGUGAGGGUCCCUGUCCCCAGUGAUGCCGACUCACCCAAGUUUAAAACCAGCACAGGAAAUGCCAAAUAUGUACCUGAGAAGAACAUGGUGGUGUGGACCAUCAAGUCUUUUCCUGGAGGUAAGGAAUUUCUGAUGAGAGCUCAUUUCGGUUUGCCCAGUGUGGAAAAUGAGGAGCUCGAGGGGAAACCUCCCAUUACUGUCAAAUUUGAAAUCCCAUACUUCACAGUCUCUGGAAUACAGGUGCGAUACAUGAAGAUCAUAGAAAAAAGUGGUUACCAGGCUUUGCCCUGGGUCCGCUACAUUACACAGAGUGGAGAUUACCAGCUGAGGACCAACGUGUGAAGCCUGAGCGAUCACACUGCUGUAUAUUACUUACUUCCAGGACUUCCUGAGGAGCGUCAAUGAUCACUUUGACUGGACUGAAAGAAUGUCUUUAAAAUUUCACCUGCAACUUGAUUUUAAUGUUUCUACUGUAGGACCACUGCUAAUUAUUUAAAUACUUCAGAAGAAUCCCUUUUUAACUAUUUGUUGUGUAACCCCCUACCCUACCCCUUUGUUUUUCUCAUGCUUGCAACACUGUAUAAGGGCAGCUUGUGGCCUAAUAUUGUAGAUAUACAUUGUGCAAUCACAGUCACUAAAGUGCGCCUAAAAUUAAAAACUUGCACCCGC